GCCCACAUCUCUCCCAAAGUGGGGUGCCGGAGGCCUCCCCAGUGCCGCGUAGAGCAGGACAAUGACCUCCUGUGCCUUAUGUACAACACUCCUGCUAACACCCCAGAAGGUUAUAGCCCUUUUCACAACUGCAUCACAUGGACUCACGCUCAGCUGGUGAGCCUCAGUGAGCCUCGCUGACCCCAGCACCACCACCGAGGCCCCAUUUUGUAGCUGGGCAUUUGAUUUUCCUUCCUAAGUGUCAGACUUGGCAUCUGUCUUCGCUGAAUUUCCUCUUGUUGCAGCUCCACGGAAGGCGACCCUGGGGCUGGAUGGUGCCGCAGCUCUCACUAGCCCCCCGCGAGUCCUGUCCCAGCCUGCCUCAACUCCCCACCAACCCCUGGGAUGGCGUCUUCAGGGCAGGCCUCCCCUCCCUUGCUUCAAAGCCCAGCACGGCCGUCCCUGGGCGGCUCGCCAGUGAAUGGGAAUCCCUGGGAGGCCAAGCGGGUCAGAGCCCCGGCUCCGCAGCCUGUGGGUGGGGGGAGCACCUAGCGAUUCCUCUCAGCUGGCCAGCGGGCCGUGCUGUGCCGUGGGAGGGCUGGGGAGCUGCACUUUCAGUUUCUGAGUCCCCUGCAGCUGCUUCUGCGGUUUUGUUCCUGUUGCUCUCAGCCCUGCCCUGUUUCAAGGCCUUGGCUCCACUUCCUCAUCUCUCCGCUUCUGCUUUCGGUUUUCACUUCAGUCAGUGGUGACUCUCAGCUGGCCCUGCCCUUGCCCAGCGUCGAGCCCCCCGGGGCAGGGCUCCGGGAGCAGAGGAGCUGGCCCUGAAGCUGGCUGAGGCCAUCGAGGGAGGGGACAAGGAGCUGGCACUGGAGUGUGCUGGCUGGCUGGCUGAGCAGCGGGCGCCCGUCAUGGUGCAGGUGAAGCUGGAGGCCUACCCCAAAAAGGAAAUCAGCUCCUUCCCCAGACCAGCAGCCAGGAGGAGGCGACUUGGACUGCGUGAGCAGGAGGACGGGAAUGACAGAAAGCAGGAGCACGUGAGCUGGAGGCUGAGUGACUGAGGCAGGCGCCGGGAGCCAGGCACACACCUUGUGGUGGGACCUCGGGGAGGGCAAGAGGGACACCAGAGCCGCUCUCACUGCCUCUCUUCUUUCAGCUUGUGGGUGGGAGUGGAGGAUGCCCAGAUGACCACAGUCCCCAUCUACCUGCAAGUCAAUCCUCAUAUGACUGUGGCUUCUCUGAAGGACAUGGUAUUCCUCCACUACGGUUUCCCACCCAGCGUUCAGCAGUGGGUGGUGGGCAAGAGGCUCCCCGGAGACCAGGAGACCCUGCACUACAACGGCAUCCAGCGAGAUGGUGACAUGGCCUAUCUCUACCUCCGGUCUGCCAAAGAGGCCAAGCUCAGCAAAGAGACAUUCCAGAGGGAGCAGCAGCGCCGAGUCCUGGCAGAACUGGGCUUCGGAGACAUUAGCCUGCAGCCUCGUGGGAGCCAGGAAUCGGCGGACACAGGGCUCGGAGGGGCGCAGGACAGCCUGUGCAUGGAGGAGCUGAGGCAUGAGCUCUCACAGGUGGAAGCUGCCCUGCCCCCUGAACCCCCCAAGGUCGGCUGGGUCUGUCCGAGCUGCACCUAUGUCAACAAGCCCACCCGCCCCGGCUGCGAGAUCUGCUGCAAGGAGAGACCCGAGGACUACGCGGUGCCCGCGGCUUACCAGCCGGACGAGGAGGAGCUGGCGAGGAUGAGGAAUGAGGAGGAAGCCAUGUGGCAGUACCAACAGGUGAGAGAGCAGCAGAAGAUUGAGAACUACCAGCACCUCCUGCAGGUGGAUGGGCAGAGCCUGGUCCCUGCCAAUGAAGUGAUCGAAUGUCCCAUCUGCUUUGUGACCCUGCAGCCUGGAGAGGGGGUGACCCUGCGGGAGUGCCUGCACUCCUUCUGCAGGGACUGUCUGAAGGGGACGAUACUGAACAGCCCGGAGCCCGAGGUGCCCUGCCCGUACAUCGACGAGAAGUACUCCUGCACAGGACAGCUGCUGGAGCGUGAGAUCAGAGCGCUCCUGAGCUCUGCCGAAUACCAGCACUUCCUGGACCUGGGCGUCUCCAUCGCUGAGAACCGCAGCCGGUCCAGCUACCACUGCAAGACCAUGGAUUGCCGGGGCUGGUGCAUCUUCGAGGAUGACGUGAACGAGUUUGCCUGCCCGGUGUGCCAGAAGGUGAACUGCCUGCUCUGCAAGGCCAUUCACGAGAACAUGAACUGCAAGGAGUAUCAGGACGACCUCAAGCACCGGGCUGAGAAUGACCAGGCUGCCAGGCAGACCACCGAGAUGCUGACGACAAUGGUCCAGAGAGGGGAGGCCAUGUACUGUCCCACCUGUAAGAUCAUUGUCCAGAAGAAGGACGGCUGUGACUGGAUCCGCUGCACUGUCUGUCACACGGAGAUCUGCUGGGUGACCAAGGGGCCGCGCUGGGGGCCAGCGGUAGGUUUGGAGCAUGAACCAGCGUUCGACCUGGGGAAUCCUGCCAUUCUGCGGAGUCGCUUGCCCCAGAAUUUAAAAAAACCUGCCCAGCACAAGCUCCUGUGGCUCUGCCUUCUCCAGUCUGCAACCAGCCCACCCCACAUGCUCAGAGAGGCAUGAACCACUGGACGCAGCAGGGCUGUUCACUCUGAAGCCUAACUGUGACCAUUUAAAUGACUAACUGCUGCUGCACACAGCUGGCCCCCAGGAUGCUGGAGUGGCUGGCGGGUGCAGGAGCCACGGCUCACAGCUCAGCUGGCUGCAGGAGUGGGAAGUUGCAUCCAGUGCUCCUCCCAUUACGUUUUCCUUCCUCUCCCACCUCACAAAGGGAAGGGAAAUGUGAUUCCCACCUCCAGUGCCAAGAGCCUUGCCUGCCUCCAGCCUGCCCAAGACUCAGCCCUGCCAGUAGCCUAGCAUGCAUACAUGCCUCGCUCCCAGUCCCACGUCCUGACUGCCUCUGACCCCUCCCUCCAUCGCCUGCGUGUGCAUCCUCUCUCCUCUGCUCUCCUCUCCCCAGGGCCCGGGCGAUACCAGCGGUGGCUGCCGCUGCAGACUGAACGGCGUUGCUUGCCAUCCCCAUUGUCAGAACUGCCACUGAGCACAGGAGCCAAGAGGAAGGAGGUGGCGGUCGCUCCCUACACAUUGCUCCAGCCCCGUUGGGGGCGGGGGGACACACAGCUCCCCUCGAGCCCCUGGCUACUCUCCCCACCAUGCCUUCAUAGCCUGGGGCCAGGCCUCUAGGUUUCUGGCUCCCUGAGCCCACCACAGACCCAUGUGUCUGCUCAGGGAAGGGCUGCACAGGUCAGCAGCCAUGGGGCGAGCGGAGCGUUCCCCUUUCAUGGAUUGGAGGCGGACUUAGGAGAAGACUGGGUGCUGGCCACCCCCUGCUGGGUACCGUGUGCCCUGUGAGAGUCGAGGGGGCCUGCCUCACAAGCUGGUCCCUUCAGGAGUCCCGCCGCAGCAGCUGUGUAGAAAAUGACGGGGACGGGUUGGAACAGCAGGAACAUUGGCAACAUUCAGGCUCCUCUGGUUGAUGGAGGUGGCAGGUACAUUGGUGGCCCUCAGGCCUGAAGGAGCCCUUCCUCAUCCCUUAGGGAAAACAUGGCUCCCCCUUGCCUACAGGUCAGCAGUGCAACCUGAGCCAUUUUGCCAGCCACAGUGAAAAAGGUUUUUGGUGCCCCUCAUCUCCCAAAGUGGCCAAACAGAAAAAUGGGCCACCCCAUCAGAGAGGAGCAAAACUGCUGAGCAGUGCAGGGGACUGCCAGGGCAACCCCAACCCCCUACACCUGGCUCCAGUUACAGCUUCCAGCCGGUCCGCUGCAGCCCAUGGGCACUUCUCAGUCAGCUGGUGCAGCAGGACCCAGCAGCCUCCCAGCCAGCUGGCAUGCACGGUACGCUCCAGGGCACUGGAGACAGACUGGGCAGUGUUAGUUCUUAGCAGGCAGCUUUCAUUGCCCUCCACCUGGAUUUACAAUAAAGAGCUGCAACUUUUGGCCCAGAA